CGCUACUUCUUCACUUUUGUAUCCCAACUCUAGGGCGUUUUUAGUUGAAUGCCAGCUAUGGAUCCCACCAUUUCAGUGUCAAAGGGCUGUUUUGUGUACAAAAAUGGAGCUACACGGGCCGGCAAGAAGGCGUCCAGCAAGCGCAAGCAUUCGGUCGGGAGCAGCAACACCAGCAAUCUGUUGGGUCAGGAGAUAACCCGGCAGCCUUUUUAUGAAACCUACAACCAGACGUGGCGCCAGAUUAGCUCCCACAUCGCAGAUCUUCAGCAGCGAAGCUAUGCCCGUACCCUCGAUCAGCUGGUGGAGUUUGUAGUAAGCCAGGAUGCGACGGACGAUCUACUGCCCACCGCCGCCUUGCUAACGGGCAUCAAUCAACCCGACCACCUAAGUCAGUUCGACGCUCUCACCCGACGCCUACAUGAGCAGCGGUCCGCCAAAGUUUGUGUGCUUCAGUCCCGGGAUUGUUCCACUCUAAAAGCAGCAGUUGAGACCAUGGUCUUCGGCCUUGUUGAAGACGAUGCUGGCGAGGAACCAGACGAGGAAGAGGAGGAUGUUGUUGCGCGUGACCGCAAACGCUUACGGCGCUCGCAGUGCACAAUGAAACAACUGAAGUCUUGGUACAUGAACAAUUUUUCAUCGGAAGGAAAGCAGUACCACCUCGUAGUAAUCCUGCCUGAUUUUGAGUGCUUCAGUGCCAGCGUGCUGCAGGAUCUCAUUCUCAUCCUAUGCGCGCAUUGUGAUGAGCUUCCAUUCGUACUAGUUCUAGGCGUAGCUACGGCUGUUUCAGCGGUUCAUGGAACCUUGCCCUACCACGUGAGCAGCAAAAUCCGUCUGAGGGUUUUCCAAACACAAGCUGCCCCAGUGGGGCUCAAUGAGGUUCUCGAAAAAGUAUUGUUGUCGCCCAAGUAUGCAUUCCACCUCUCGGGAAAGGCCUUCAAGUUUCUGACUCACAUCUUCCUAUAUUACGACUUCUCCGUCCACGGCUUCAUCCAGGGUUUCAAGUACUGCUUGAUGGAACAUUUUUUCGCAGGAAACGCUUUUGCGCUCUGUUCGGAAUACAGCCAAUCUUUGGGGCGCAUCCAACAGCUAACACACACGGACAUGGAGUCUAUUCGCCGAUUACCUUCCUUCCGGCCAUACGUCGAGGGAAUCAACGACUGCAAGCGAGUGAUAGCUGUACUCACCGACGACGAGUACCUUAAAAAGAAACUGCCGCAGCUAUUGCGGGACUGCCAUAUCCACUUCCUACUCUUUCGAAGCGCGCUCGAGUUCCUCACGGAACUGGUAUGUGACCUGCCACGAUGUCCUCUGGGCAAGCUUCGGCGCGAGCUGUAUGUCCACUGCCUAAACAGGCCGCUUGCCACCACGCCAGAGUUCAAAGAGUGUUGGCAAAUGCUCGGCUUCCUGUCUAGGGACGAGUUCGUGGCUAAAGUCAACCGAAGUCUAGAGAGGGUCGAGACUUUUCUGACCGAAGAAAUCGCACCUUUGGAACUCGGCGAGUCCUGUGCCGCGGUUCUACGCCCACAACUCGUAGAAAUCCGCAAGUCCCUAGAUGAAGUGAUUCAGGCAUCUAUGACGGCAGUUUCUGCUUCAGUUUCCGACGACUCCCGACUUCCGCCUACCGAUAUCUCCCAAGUGGCCUCAAGGCAAGAGCUAAAAGCCCAGCUUCUUCAGCGUAGCAAGGAGGACAAACAGCGACAGGAUCAGCAACAGCCCACCUCUGAAUUCGCGCGGGCCUUGCAAAACACUCUACGACUCAUCGAGACGAAUUUGGUUCAAGAUAACUUGCGGUCUCUGCAGGAUGCGCCACCACUUCAUGAGCUGUUUGUUUUCAAUGACAUCGCCACUGUGCGUCGGAAUAUAAUUGGCGCUCCUCGGGCGGCGCUCCACACGGCCCUCAACAAUCCCCACUUCUAUCUGCAAUGCAAAUGCUGCGAGCUCCGGGAACAGUCCCUGUUGGUUAGCACACUGCCGGACCUCUCAGUGGCCUACAAGCUGCACCUGGAGUGCGGCCGAAUGAUAAACUUAUUCGACUGGCUGCAGGCAUUCCGCUCUGUAUUAAAUGGGGCCGAUGACGAGACGGAGGAAUCUAACCAGGAGCAAAUCGAUCCCCAGAUUCAAGCACGCUUCACCCGCGCCGUGGCCGAGUUACAAUUUUUGGGUUACAUCAAAAUGUCGAAGCGGAAGACGGACCAUGCCACCCGCCUGACUUGGUGAUCCAGGCUCUUAGAAUACUGUAUUUUUCUAUUUAUUUCUAUGAAGAAAAAUUA